GUGUUGCUGGUGUACUCCCCUGCACCAUCGCUCUGAAAUUUUUGCAGUUUCACUCCUGACUCUCGUUCAGCGACAGCGAGCCACGCGACGAAGACGGAGUGAGCGAGAUGGCGCGCAGGUAAGUUGGCUGUCCAGACAUACCGUGUGGACGCUUCGAUGAAAGUGAUCACAUACUUCUCUUCUUUAGGUCCUGCUUCAGACAAGUUGAGUAUGUCGCUGUAGACUUUCUGCAUCAGUUUAUAACGGGUUGAGCCGGGAAAAUGACUUGGAAAUGGAUCGUCCGUAAGAUUGGCAACUGGACACGUGGUGCAAACCGUCGGACGGGACUGCGGCUUCAUCUCCGUGCCAUCAGGUAAAAGUAAACUGUUUUUAUCAAGAACUGCUGCUCGGAUUGAAUGAUUUAGAAUCCCUUGUGAUGGAUGCCCUAACCUUUGAUGCCAUAUAUCCUCUAUGGUUUUGUGUCCUGAUGAUCGCAGAUAAGAAUCAGAGUUAGUAUAAAAAGAAGAAAGUAGAAAAGGAGAAAGAGCUGGUGACUUGUCAGUUUCUCCUUCGAUGAAACGAGUAAGAGGUGUUUCGGCGGCAGCUACUGUUGGACUCGGCUGCUCAGCUACGGCUUCCUGUUCUGCUUCUUCAACGACGUCAGGCUCAUUAGCUGCAAGACCACUUAUCUCUCCCCAAAGUGGUGCUGGAGUUCCUUGAAAGGCUGCUCGGGUAUUACAAAAGGUGCGCCAAGCGUUGGCGCUUUCAUCGGCGGUAUUAAACUCCCAGGUAUCCAACGCGGGACCAAGUGCAAGGACGCGUUCAGAAUCGCCUGAAGUUCCCUGUGCUGCGAACUGAAGUACCGACAUACCAUGUUGGGUGGCGGCACGACCAAGACCGGCGGGCGCUGCUGCGACGUUGAUGAACUCUGCGGUGGUUUUGGCAUCUGCUGCUGCUGAGACGGUAACUGCUGCUGUGGCGGUUGUGUCUUCGGUGACUGCUGCGAUCGGUGAUACGGCUGCGAAGUGCUGCGACGUUGAUGGCGGCUGCGACAUUUCUGGUCAAGACCUUGCUGCUCGGCUUGAAGAUAAGAAGAAAUUUCAGCUUCGGAGAGGUUGGGAUUCAUGCGUAGGAAGGCGCGCGUCUGUCGCCAUUCGGGUCCAAGUCCAGCAAGAAGGACAGUGAGAUACAUCUCACGAGGGAAGUAUCCUCUGCUCUUUUCCAGUUGAUCGCGUAGUGUACGGACUCGGUUAACGUAGUCCAUGACAUUUUCGGUUGUCAUCAUCUGCACACUUGUCAGCUGCGAAAGGAUUUUACUCACUGUUAUCGUAUCCUUUGCCAUGUAUACCCCUUUCAAAUGGUUCCAUGCAGUUUCGGCUGGUGUGAAACUUGAGUGAAAUGAUCGAACGCCGAGCUGCUCCUUCGGCGACAAGUUUCGUACAAGAACUGUAUACGCCCCGAGAGAGGCGUGCAAGAAACUCUGCUGCUCCUGUUGUGUUCCCACGACAGGAUACGUAAACUCGCCAGUGAAGAACGGCCAUAGCCCAGCGGACUGCGCCAGAAGCUCAAACUCAAAGCUCCAGGAGUAGAAGUCAACACCAUUAAAAGGAGAACGGCCGAAGAUAUAAAAGGGAUGCUGAAACUGCUGCGACUGUGGCUGCUGUACGAAAGGUGCAGUCGAUGGAGCACCUGGAGUAUUCACAGAAGGCGGAUUCUGCAUACCGAUAUUAGCGUAGGCUGGUGGAAAGUGCCCAGAGGCUGAGAGACCAGCGGCGGUAGUGGAGGCAUGUGCUCCAGUAGUCCCAGUAACUGAUCCAGCAGAUGGUGCUGGUGUUGGACCAGUCAUAGUUGACGGUAGUCUUAAUUCCAGAUAGCUCUCAUACCAUGAAGUAAAUCGUCUGGUGUUGUAGUAGACUAAGUAUAAAACUAUAAACACGAA